AUGCUCGUGGCCAUCGCCUUCGCCGCCGCCUGCGGCGUCGCCACCGGCGGGCCGCCGCCCAACGUGGCGUUCCUGUCGCACGGUGACCUUGUCGAGGAUGGCGAGGCUGCUCGCGAGGCCAUUCGCGCCGCCUUCACCGGCAGCGCCUCCUUUGGCCUCCUGGUGGUGCGCGGCAUCCCUGGCUUUGCCGACAAGCGGCGCGCGGCCUUCAAUGCGACGAUGCGGCUGGCGGUGGACCCUCCGGUGCACAGCCGGCGGCUCCGGAACGCGUGGCCUGGCUUCCGCCACCCGUCCGACGUGCAGGAGCCGCUGCAGGGCGGCUUUCUGCACAACAUGCUCGAGGACGUCGGGCCAGCGCGGGUGGACCCCGUGUUCGGCAAGACGCCCUGGCCCGACGCGGCGUACAGGGCGACAGUCGUGGCGGUGAACGAGCUCAUCUACGACACCUCGCACCGCGUGCUGCUGGUCGGCGAGGAGGCGGAGCGGACAGGGUCUCCGGCGCCAGAGGUGCCGCUCGGGCAGCUGCUGCGGCGGCAGGACUUCCUCUACUCCCUGUUCAAGUACUUUCGCGCAGAACAGCUCACCAAGGCAUGCGGCGCCGUCACCGCGCAGCUGUUCCCAUGCACAGGCGACGACCUCUUUGAAGACAUCGACGGCACGCUGCCGACCUCGCUCCAGGCGGGCUCGCAGCCCGAAGACGCUGUCGCCUCCGCCAGCUUCGACUCCAACUCCAGCUUCGACUCCAACUCCAGCUUCGACUCCACCUUGCGGCCGCCCUCCCACGCCGGCACUUGUGUCGCCGCAGAGGCGGCGGAGGGCGCUGCGGGCGGCGGCGGCGGCAGCGCAGCGGAGCUGUCUUCGAUGCGGACGCACUCCGCUUCGUCGCGCGGUCGCGGCGGCGGCAUUUGUGCUGCGCCGGACAUUGCGCGGGCGAGCGAGGCGGAGCGUGGGGCGAGCGGCGGCGAGGGCGCAGCGAGCGGCGGCGGCAGCGCAGCGGAGCUGUCUUCGAUGCGGACGCACUCCGCUUCGUCGCGCGCCGCAAAGGCGCCGGACAUUGCGCGGGCGAGCGAGGCGGAGCGUGGGGCGAGCGGCGGCGAGGGCGCAGCGAGCGGCGGCGGGCCGGAGUCGUUCUGGCUGCCGUGGCACAUCGACCCGAACACGAUCUCGACGCUGACGGGCGACAGCUACUUCGACUUCGACACGUCCGAGACCAUCCGGCUCGCCGAGUACCCGGAGACGGGGCUCGGGCUGGUCGCGCUCAACGCGCUCGGCGUCGUCGUCAAGCGGACAUGCCGCCGGGCCCUCGGCUCGUCCAGGACAUGCUCGGGCUACUCGACGGCGGCGACAACGGAGGCGUCGGCGGGCGGCGGGCUCGGGAGGCGAGUGCGGUCGGUGGUCGACCCGAUCGUCAACGCGGCCGACGGCAGCCAGGCCCGAUUCGAGGCGCUCGCCGCGGCGCUUCCGCUCGCCGAGCCUCCCGCCGGCCAGCCUCCCGCCCCCCUCACCGUCGACGAGAUGGGCGCGUACAUGCUCAACCGGCGGAACCUCUCCCUCGCCGAGUACAACGACGCGGCGUACCCGCUCAACGUGGCGGCCGCCGCGCUCAACUUCAGCUACGCAAAGGGGCGGCGCGUCAUCCACCCGCGCCGCGCGCACCUCGCCGUCGCCGCGGCGGCCGAGCGCGAUCGGGCGCCGCUCUACGCCGCUCUGGCGCGCGCGUACUUUGAGGAGGGGGAGGACAUCAGCGACGUGGCCGUGCUGCUGCGAGUGGCGGCCGCGCUCGGCGUCGAGCGCGACGAGCUGCGCCUCCGCCGAGCGAUGGACGGCGAGGGCACACUAGAUGGGCAGCACGCGCACUCUUCUCUAUUCCGACUGGCGCUCGAGAGGGCGCGCAACCCGCUGUCUCCGGCC